AUUGUUGUUGCUGGAAGCUGCGGAGACAGAGGGGGGCGAUUGGCAGGGAGGACUUGGCUUGAGGGGACUGUUUAAACAUAUUGAUAGAAGUGGACAUUUAGUAUUGUUCUAUAUUUUUUUUGUUUUCGACCUUAAAGCAACUGUAGGUUGCGCGAAGAAGCGGUCAUGUCGGUGAAUAUGGACGAACUCAGGCAUCAAGUAAUGAUCAACCAGUUUGUUUUGACUGCUGGCUGCGCCGCCGAUCAAGCGAAGCAGCUUUUACAAGCGGCCCACUGGCAGUUUGAGACGGCCUUAAGCUCCUUCUUCCAGGAGGCGAACAUCCCUAGUCACCACCACCAGAUGAUGUGUACUCCAAGAAACACUCCCGCCACGCCACCCAACUUCCCCGACGCGAUCACCAUGUUCUCCAAGCUCCGAGCGUCCGAGUGCAGCGGCAGCACGGGGAGCGGGCCCGCCCAGGUCUCCAUGGCCUGCUCCCCCCCGGCGCCUACGUCCACGUCGGGCUUCGGCUCCUUCUGGGCCUCGUCGCCGCCCAGCCACCAGCCGGCCUGGUUGCCCCCCUCCUCGCCCACAGGCCACCACAUGCACCACCACUACCAGCACCAUCACCACCACCACCACCACAUGCACCAGACUCCCAUGUGGCCCCCUGUGUCUCAGCCCAGCAACUCCCAGCAGCCCCCCGUUGUAUCGGCGCUCCACGGCCAGAGAUGAGACUGUACACUUGGGGUGGGUGGGGCGGGGAGGGAGGCGGGGUUGGCUGGCGCCCAGUGUAGCCAAAUGAAUCUGUUUUGGGAGUGGGAGGGUUCAAAGGGGGCAGGGUUGUGGUCGGGGCGGAGUCAAGGGUCAAUUGAGAGGAAGAGCGGGUCUGAGGGGUCAUGUGGGAAAAGACAAGAUACUGUUUUCCUCUCUGGGUUUUCUAAACUGAUGAUGUGCAGUCCGGCUUCUGAGGAGAAACCUUUAUCCUCUCCGUCUCCAUUUUAAGUCAAACAAGCCUAGGAAGAACCUGAGUGGGGGGGCGGGGCAACCACUAACAACACUGAGGAAGUGAUGAAGACAGCAUCAGAACGCCGGAGUCUCUUAGCCCAAAGGCACUUUUGGGACAUGAAUUUCUUUUUCUUUUUUUUUCUUUUUUCUUUUUUUUUUGUUGGGUUUUUUUUUGGUCAUCAAUGCAAGCAAGCCCAGGACCUAAAAGAGCACUUACAUUUGUUUAGGAUUGGAGCCAUGUGAUCUGUUGAAGUGCUUUGUGAUUGGUCCUUUUUUCUUUUUCUUUUUUUGUUAUAGAUAUUUGCUUUCCCAUAGGGCUCAGAAGCGUUCCAGUGAUCUUGACAGGAAGUUGGCAAAAACCAGCUGACACCACAGACCCGAAUGUUGUUCACAUCAAACUGGUUCUGGUUUGUUCUCGGAGUCUCAGACAGCCCAAGUAAAAAUAUUUUAGUACACACAUUUUUUGUGGUAUGGAUUAUGUGGAUAGUGUGGGUAGGAUUAUAGAUCAUGUAUUAAUCUGUAGCCAUCAGGUUGAGUCAGAGACUUUUUUUUAUGUAACAGGAGGAGAUUUGAAAGGCUAAAGAUGGCAGCACCGUCACCGUCAGAUUUUGCAGAGCUACAUUACUUUGAUUUUUACGAUUGACAGUGACACAGUUAAAAAUCAAAUUUAUGCUUUUUCAAAAGAACCUCUGUAGCUCGACCACGUGCCUGACAUGACUAUUUACAGUUACCACGGCAAGGGCUGCCACAAAACAGAAUGUGUUUAUCUUGUUGUUUCGUGAGGCUGUGGCUAGCGCGGUGAUUGAAAUUUUUUUAUUUUUCUGUGGCGCCAAUGUCAGCCUGAACAAAUCGUACAACUUUGUGUUGCAUGCCGUUUGCAGUGUCCCUAAAUGUGGCAAACAAACGAUAAUACACGCAACAGAAGAUUUGAUAUAGGCUCCCCGUUCAGAGAGACAGUGCUCUGAUCCCACUGCCUGGGGGCUUUUCAAAGAUGGCGUGCCCCAUCUCCUGUUAUAAAAAGUCUCUGGUUGAGUGAAUGUUAACUCAGUGGCUGCAGAGCGGUGGAGCUCCAUGUGCAGACACUAAUCUUAGGUUUAGGAACACGUCAGAAAACGAUGACGAACACGGAUGAAUUAUUGAGACGAACGUGAUUGGCCGCCUCAGUGCGGUUGCAGGAACAGCAAAGCUUGCAAUAAUUUGAUUUUUCGACUUUGCCAGAGAGAAGGCUGGCACAUUUAUAUAGUAUUUUUUCUGUUUUAAUGGGACAAUUUCACCCUGUGUCUGUCAAGGAAGAGACUUUGUGCAGGGGUAAUGAUGUCACCUAGGCUUGCUGUCAACAAGGCAUCACUUCAGCAAAACUUAGUUUAUUUUAGUUUUUUGUUUUUGUUUUUUUUUUUCUUUUUCCUGACGGUUGGUGUGGCGACUCCACCCAGCAACCUCAUUAACAAGGCGGGGCGGAUCGAUGUCCCUUUUUCCUGUUGUUUUUGAUAAUGCAAGGCAGUUUUAUCUGUGACAAUUAUGGGAACAUUUUGACUCACUUGUAAAUAAAGCCUCGGCCAAAACAAAAGUGCAAAAAUGUAGAGCUCGCCGUCGACUCACAAACUCACAAACGCGUUAAUCUGAUUGGUGAAUAUUUUGACAUAGAUGGGCGUGAGCUGCCAGCACCUCCACCAUGUCUCUGUCUGUGGCGGUAGAGGCCAACUCAGUGAUUUUCCACACAACCUGCAGAAGCUCAACCACUCCUACCUCUGUCUGAAUGGGAGAGGCCCCACAUGCGCUCUGAAUGUAUUCUCUACUACAGAAACAGGAUCAAUGGGUUUAAACAAGUAGAAACUGGUGCUUCUCGCUGGUAAUUCCUGCCAAAAGAAAGGGAAUUACACCACAGCUCGAUGGACAGGUGAAAUUUGGACACAUCAGUCCAGGUAACUAGUGAAUCCUAAGCAAUUGUUGGAAUCAAGUUUACACAGCAGUAAGCAUCCAGUGUAAUGAAAACCGUGAAGCCUCUCGCCCAGGGACAAGACUCUUUUAGCCGUCUUUGACUUCAGCAUGCUCUUCAUACAAGAUCCCCCAUGUGUGUCACAACAUUUAAAAAAAAAACACAAACAAAAACAAACAAAAAAAUUAAAAUCACCGUUAGAUUAGUAGUGACUUUUAACUUGAAUUUUGAGAGACAGAAAAGUCAUCUUCACAUUAUGAUCACCGCCAGAGAAAGGAAGGAACAAUACUGACCACAUCAGGCUGGGACGGCAUGCAGAAAGAAAUCCUUUCCACCGUCAAAAAAAAAAAAAAAAAUGAAAUGGACCCUUUCCAGCUGAUUAUGUUCUUCACAUCGUCACACAGACAAUCAACUGUUUGUUCUAUGCUUUUUUUUUUUUUUUUUUUUUUUUUUUUGUUAAUGGCCCUCUGUUUGAAUGUGCAGUAAUACCUUUGUACCUGCAGGAAUGAGCUGUCUAUGUUUUUGGGAUGGUUGGGAGGAACCAGUGUGAUAUUUGAAACUCAAUUUCUUAUAAAAUUGCUCACUUGAGUCAGCUGUUCAGAUUCAGGACCUGAUACGAUUACAUUAUCCUGUGCAACAUAGAUGCUAAGAAGAGUUUUUGUUGCGUGUGACUUAAAGGAGAAAAAAAUCCACCCUAAAAACACUUAGGAGAGUUUUAAAAAAAAAUGUGUAGCUGAUGUACGUCACAUUUCUGAGCUCGUUUCGUUGUUUGGUGUAUUUUUGUUAACUUAAAAUAUAGAUGACAUGAGAUGACAGAGAUUUAUAGCUGCGAUAGCGGUGUUCAACAGUCAUACAUGAGUUGUACAUGUUUCGAUUAAUUAGUGACAUUAAUCAAUUCAAAGAUGCAUGCAGUUUCUCCAGCAAAGCUUGAAAUGGACAUUUAAUAUAUAGACAUAAGACACAGAUAUGUUUCCAAACAGUUUAUUGAUAUGAUGACUCCAGUGCUACAGCAUUUAUUAAUGAGAGGCAGGCAGGCGGUGUGCAAAAUUAUACUUGUUCACUGUAGUUCAGUCAGUAAUGAAUCCAUGCAACAACAGAUAACCCGUAUUAAGAUGAAAAAGUGAAGGAAAUAGCCUACGUUUAUAUUUUAAAAAAUCAACCAAACUCCACUCACAGAAGCCUCCAUAGACCUUUAAUUGGAAACGUGUCUGUUCAGAGGCAUUCUGGGAAACGUAGGACAUCAAUAAGCGAAGGAAAGUGGAGUUAAAUUGCAAAUCUACAUUGUAAAAUGACUCCUGGAAUCAUCUGCACGUCACAGAUUGAUCAUAUUUAACAGCUUAAGUGUGCUGCAGAGUGGAUUUUUUUCUCCUUUAAGUCGAAAUUACAUGAAAAUCAGUUGUGGUCCUUGUCAGACUCUGCUGUUCUCCACUGUGGAUAAAAUCGCUGUGGUGAAAGUUGAAGCUGUCUUCUGUAAGAGAUGUUGGUAUGUACUUUCUGUGUGUGUGUGUGUGUGUGUGUGUGUGUGUGUGUGUGUGUGUGUGUGUGUGUGUGUGUGUGUGUGUGUGUGUGUGUGUAUUGAACAAGGUGGGGGGUGGAGGUUUGGCUAACAGUGGAGCCAUUAUAAGCGCUUCCUGCAGGGUGGAUUACUGGCUCAGCUCUGUUAUGGAAAUACACCAGGCAGUGGAGGGCGAUUAUGGUUUCCCAUGGGGAUCCGACCCCUUCUCAUUACAAUAUUUUACAUGCCCCCCCCCUCACCGAGAAGUCUCACUUUACAGUAAAAUCCAGUUGACAGGAUGAUUGGUGUCCAAAACAGCCCUCACCACCCCAGUGACUUACAACCUGGGUGUUUUUUUUUAAAAUGUCCAUGCUGACAUUUGACCUCCCCUUCAGGAUUUCUUGGUCUCUUGGUGAAAACUUUGCUUUGAUCAAGUGUGCGGAUCACUCGGAUAACGGUAUCCUGUUCUCACGGACCCUCAGAAAUUCAUUCUGUUCUAAUCCAUGGCUCUUUUAUAUAGAUUUCUCUCAAGUACUUUGUGUUAAUUUCCUCUGUUGAAUUUGUAUUUAUAUGUUUAAUAAAACAAAGUAUGAUCUGCUA